AUGAAACACCAUUUGAUGGUCGGCACCUGGACCGCCCCUGGGCGCAUCUACACCGUGCAGUUCGAUGAUGAGGCCCUCACCCUCGACUUGGUCAAGAAGACCGACAUUCCCGAGGCGGAGCCCAUCUCGUGGAUGACCUUCUCACACGAUAAAAAGGCCAUCUAUGGUGCCGCCAUGAAGAAGUGGAACAGCUUCGCCGUCCGCAGCCCGACCGAGAUCGUGCAUCAAGUGUCGCACCCGGUCGCCGGUCACCCCCAGGCCGCCAGCAGUGAGACGAACACGCGUGCCAUCUUCGUGCUAGCUGCCCACAAGCCGCCGUAUAACGUGUACGGUAACCCCUUCUACAAGUAUGCCGGGUAUGGCAAUGUCUUCUCAGUGAAGUCGGACGGCGCGCUGGACGCCAACGUCCAGAACUACGAGUAUGAGCCCAACACGGGCAUCCACGGCAUGGUGUUCGACCCGACCGAGACCUAUCUGUAUUCGGCGGACCUACAGGCCAACAAGAUCUGGACGCACAAGAAGGAUGCCCAGACCGGCCAGCUCGAGCUUGUCGACUGCCUCGAGGCGCCCUCGCCUGGCGACCAUCCGCGCUGGGUCGAGAUGCACCCCAGCGGCAAAUACCUGUAUGCGCUGAUGGAGGCGGGCAACCGUCUGGCCGUCUACGUGAUCGACGAGCGCACCCACAAGCCGGUGUUUACGCACAUCACCUACCCGCUUCUGCCCUCCGGCCUUCCCCCGCGCAACAAGUACCGCGGCGACGUGACCUUCACCACGCACAGCGGGAAGUAUCUAUUCGCCACCACCCGGUCCAAUCACUUCGACGUGACGGGCUACAUCACCGCGUUCAAGCUAGGCCCAAGCGGCGAGAUCGAAAAGCAGUUGUUCAUCAACCCGACCUCGACCAGUGGCGGACACUCGAACGCCGUCAGCCCGUGUGACUUCAGCGACGAGUGGCUGGCGCUGUGUGAUGACCAGCUCGGCUUCGUGGAGAUGUAUCGAUGGCGCGAUGAGAAGCUGGCCCGGGUGGCACGUGUAGACAUUCCGGAGCAGGGCUUUGGCAUGAAUGCGAUCUGGUAUGAUUAG